GUUAGUUAAGUGUAGUUAAUCAGGUUCUUUGUAAUCUGCUUAAAUUGAUCCUCAUUAGUUGAUGUCAGUACAUUAGUAUAGGAUUUAAUAAUCACUGUGAUUAAAUGUGUCCUACAAACAGACAUAAACACUCAACUGAUAAAAGACAUUUUUGUCUUGAAAUUCAGAACAGACGUCAUUCAUGUGUACAGUUAUGAGUCAUUAAAGGAAUUUCUCCUUUGUAUGUGAAUAAAGGUCUGAAUGUGAGGGACAAGGUGAGGCUCAAGAUGUGACGUUAAAGCUGUUAGACUGAAACCGAGGGCUGUUGGUGAGUGGGCGUGUCCUGAGCUGUGAAGAUGGAACAAAGCCCUGAGUGGGCGUGUCCUGAGCUGUGAAGAUGGAACAAAGCCCUGAGUGGGCGUGUCCUGAGCUGUGAAGAUGGAACAAAGCCCUGAGUGGGCGUGUCCUGAGCUGUGAAGAUGGAACAAAGCCCUGAGUGGGUGUGUCCUGCAUGGUGAAGUGUUGGAGGGGGACAGACUGCAGAAUGUACAAGAGCACAUUCAGACUCAGCUCCAUCAGUGCAGUGCAAUGCUCAUCAAAUGUGAUUGCAGGAGAAACAUGGACAGAAGGGUGACUGGAGGAAGAGGAGGGCUGAAGAAGAGCACACACAUCGUCCCCUGCUUUUUAUUUGUGGAAUUGGUCAUCAUGUCGGCUGUGGUGUUGUUGGCAUAUUAUUUUGAGUACACAGACACAUUUCCUGUCCAUCUGCGAGGUUUCUUCUGCUUCGAUCGGACAUUCUCUCGCCCGUACCCCGGUCCUGAAGAGUCCAGUCGAGCUCCUCCUGCACUCGUCUACUCACUGGUCACUGCCAUUCCCACCAUCACUAUCCUGAUUGGUGAGUGUGCGGCAUUUUUCUCAAAGCCGGAGUGUCCACAGGAGAAAACCAUUGUCACUGCAGACUGCUGUUUUUUCAGCCCCAUGCUGCGCCGCAUCGUCCGAUUCCUGGGCAUUUACUCCUUUGGCCUCUUUGUCACCACCAUCUUUGCAAACGCAGGACAGGUGGUGACAGGAAGUCAGACGCCUCACUUCCUGUCUGUGUGCCGUCCGAACUACACAGCGCUGGGCUGCCGGUCUCCGCUUCAGUACAUCAGUGAGAAAAGGGCGUGUCGGGGGAAUCCCUCCAUCAUCACCUCUGCCCGCAAAUCUUUCCCCUCUAAAGACGCUGCCCUGAGCACCUACUGUGCCGUGUACACCGCUAUGUACAUCACUUUGGCGUGUAAGACUAAAGGUACCCGGUUAGCCACACCCAUUCUAAGCCUUGGAGUCAUCUCAUUGGCUGUCAUGGUGGGUGUGGUUAGAGUGGCAGAGUACCGAAACCACUGGUCUGAUAUUCUAGCAGGUUUCAUCACAGGGGGCGCCAUCGCUAUGUUUCUGGUUACAUGUGUGAUUAAUAAUUUCCAACAGAAGUUGCCCCCUGCACCUCUGCCUGUCCCACUUCCUCAACCUCCACCUCCAUUUGAACUGCCCCCUAUCACCAUGCCUGGUGUAGAGAGUCCACUCGAAAAGUUAAGUGACCUUCAGGAUUCAGGCACUUCGUUCUCAGGUGUCACAUGAUGAUCGGCGUUAUUUACUCUCCGCCCCUCCUGAUGUUCUUGUUCAAUCCCGUCGCCCCCUUACCAGUGCAGUGUAGAUCUCCACCCACCUAUUACUCUAUCUGUACACAGCUCUGCCCAGUCCUCACCUCCUCAUAUCACAUUCAUGCAUAUCAUCACUUUAAAAUCAAUUACUAGUGCAAUGAGUUUUACACACUAGUGCAUUAAAGUGGCCUAGUUCACUACAGAGUACUAGAUUAGAGACGAUUAGCGAAGUGUACGACUCAUUUAUAAAUUAAUGAACUGCUGCAUGCCAUAAAUCUGGUGACAAGGUUUACUCAAUCAAGAGGAAGUGGACAAGAGGAAGUGGACAAGAGGAAGUGGACAAGAGGAAGUGCACUAGCAUAGAAUAGAAUAGAACAGAACAGGGCAGAGAAGCCUUUAUUAUCGCCACAUAUACAUUACAGCACAGUUUUUUCUUCACAUACCCCAACUGAGGAGGUUGGGGUCAGAGUAGUGGACAAGCCGAAGUGGACAAGGGAAAUUGGACAAGGGGAAGUGGACAAGGGAAUGUAGCUGUUGCCAAAUCACAGUUACAUAAGUGUAGAUAUUUUUUUAGUAAUAUAAUUUUUUUUCUCUUUGUUCCAUUUAAUCCAGUUUGUAAAUAUUUAGUGUUCCUUCGACCCCUGAACAAUGACUCGGCUGUUAAAAAGCUUUUAUAGAUAAAUAAAGCACAAGUAAUAAAUUAACUUUAUUUUAACAUCUAUAAUGUAAAAUUAAGACUAAUAAAAAAACAUUUUUAUAAACUAAAGGAAAUAUAUAAAAAUGGAAAUUACAUUAAAAUAAUAAUAAUAUCAGGAAUUCAGAUAUAAAAAUAUUUACUUUUUUAGUGAAUAAAAAUGUGUUGUUUUCUUUCUUGUUUUUUGCUGAUAAAAUGCAGAAAUAUUAAAUAAACCUGAAAUAAAAAUAGAUAUAUAUAUUUUAUACAAAACUAUCAGAUCACUAAUAGUGAACUUCAUGACAUGUGCAUUUGUGUUCUUGAUAUUAAAAGAAAAAUGUGUCAUCACCUGAAAUAAAUCAUAAAAACAUAAUUACUACUUAAUUUAAAACUAAAGUAAAAUGUAAAAAUAUAUGAAGGAAAAAUAAAAUGCGAAGGAAAAAAAAUCUUUAUUCUGUUUUAUUUAUUCUAAAAACAAAACUGAUUUAAAAACAGAUAAAAUACCAAGCAGAAUUAAAUAAGUAAUAAAGAGAAAUUAUAAAACAUAACAGUACGUGUGAGAGGCCAAAUAAAUAAAUAAAUAAAUAAAUAAAUAAAUAAUAUGUAGUAUAUAAUGUAGAAUGUAAAGGCUGAAAUCUAUCAUUUUGUCCUUAUUUAAUAUUUAAUAAAUAGACUACAGAAUGCAGACAGAAUAGAACGAAACCCCGAGCAGUUUUAUAUGGACUGUUUGUGUAAAGUCGGUCAUGUCACUAAUUGUUCCUAGAGAUUUUAUAAUGUCAUUAUUGUACAUUUUAAUUCUCCCUUCUGUGGUGUCACAUAUUGUAAUGUGAAAUAUUUUUGUGACAUAAUUCUGUGUGUAGUUUAAUGGAGGUAAUAAAACAUCAUGUUACACAUCAUGAUUCUGUAAAUGUUCAAUAUACAAAUAAAUAAUUUAUACACAGUG